CGUACGUGCGCGUUCUCUCAGAGUCUUUGUGUGGCAGUGUAGAGAAGCGCAAAUACAAUAACCAUGGCUGACGAAAAACCUAAGGAGGGAGUGAAGACUGAAAACAAUGACCACAUCAACCUGAAGGUGGCAGGACAGGAUGGCUCAGUGGUGCAGUUCAAGAUUAAGAGGCACACACCCCUCAGCAAGCUCAUGAAGGCAUAUUGUGAGAGACAGGGACUGACGAUGAGGCAAAUUCGAUUCCGGUUUGAUGGACAGCCAAUUAAUGAGUCAGACACACCUGCACAGUUAGAAAUGGAGGACGAGGACACAAUUGAUGUUUUCCAGCAACAGACAGGAGGCGUGGCCUAAGCUCGUCACCCGCCCCACUCUAUUCCUCCUUUUUCCACCUCUUCCCUCCUCUUCAUCCAGUCAAACCUUCUUCCUUACUCUGCUUUUGCAGC